GCCCCCCUGGGAGGGGGGACUGCGCUGGGAACAGCAGCCACGUCGGGACGCAGCAGUAGGUGGCUGAGGAGGAUGGCUUUCCUGGGAUUCUUCCUCCUCCUCCUCCUCCUCUUCACCAGCACCAUGGCCCGGGGGGAGUACGGUGUGGUCCACGUGGUGUCAGAAAAUUGGAGCAAGGACUACUGCAUCUUGUUCAGCUCCGACUAUGUCACCCUACCCCGAGACCUGCGCCACGCCCCACUCCUGCCCCUGCGUGAUGCUACCACUGCAUCCUGGUGCCCAGGCCAGGACUCCUCCCUCUGGGCCCGGCCUGGCUCCCCCAGCCCGCGGCCCCUCCGCCACACCACCGCCAUGGUUAUGAGGGGCAACUGCAGCUUCUACGCUAAGGGCUGGCUGGCUCAAGGCCAAGGCGCCCAUGGGCUGCUCAUCGUGAGCCGGGUCAGUGACCAACAGUGUUCGGACACCACCCUGGCGUCCCAGGACCCCCACAAGCCCCUGCCCGACCUCGCCAUCCCUGUGGCCGUGCUCCGAUACAACGACAUGCUCGACAUCCUCAGCCACACCCAUGGCAGCGCCGAGGUCCGCGUGGCCCUGUAUGCGCCCCCCGAGCCCAUCCUCGACUACAAUAUGGUGGUCAUCUUCGUCCUGGCUGUAGGCACCGUGGCUGCUGGCGGCUACUGGGCUGGCCUGACCGAGGCCGACCGGCUGCAGCGGCGCCGGGCCCGGGGAGGAGGGGGGCCUGGCGGGCACAACCAGCAGGAAGCAGGGGCAGCCCGGUGGGGACAGGAGGAGGAAGACCACGACGCGCCGGUGGACUUCACGCCAGCCAUCACGGGCGCGGUGGUCACCAUGUCCUGCUCCAUCAUGCUGCUCCUCUACUUCUUCUACGAUCGCUUCGUCUAUGUCAUGAUCGCCAUCUUCUGUCUGGGUGCGGGCACUGGCCUCUACAGCUGCCUGGCACCCCUGGUGCGCCGCCUGGUCCUGCCCGGCCGCCACCGCGCCUGUCUGCAGCCGCCCCUGCUGCUGCUGGGCGGCCUGUGCACCGUGGUGACCAUCCUCUGGGUCGCCCACCGGAACGAGGACAGCUGGGCGUGGCUGCUUCAGGACACGCUUGGCGUGGCCUACUGCCUUUUUGUCCUGCGGCGCGUGCGGCUGCCCACACUCAAAAACUGUGCCUCUUUCCUGCUGGCUCUGCUGGCCUUCGACGUCUUCUUCGUCUUCGUCACACCCCUCCUUACCAGGACCGGCGAGAGCGUCAUGGUGGGCGUGGCGGCAGGCCCAGCAGAUUCCGUGAGCCACGAGAGGCUGCCCAUGGUGCUCAAAGUGCCCCGGCUGAGCUUCUCAGCCUUGUCCCUGUGUGACCAGCCCUUCUCCAUCCUCGGCUUCGGUGACAUCGUGGUCCCUGGCUUUCUGGUGGCCUACUGUCACCGCUUUGAUGUGCAAAUCCGCUCGCGCCAGGUCUACUUUGUGGCCUGCACCCUGGCCUAUGCCGUGGGCCUGCUGGUCACUUUUGGUGCCAUGGUCCUCAUGCAGAUAGGCCAGCCCGCCCUGCUGUACCUGGUGUCCAGCACCCUGCUCACCAGCCUGGCAGUGGCCGCCUGCCGCCAAGAGCUUACCCUCUUCUGGACGGGCCAGGGCAGGGCCAAGACACCCUCCCAGCCUGUGGCAGGGCCAAGUGGCGCCCUUUCAUUUGGCUCUGAGCAGAAGCAGGAGGCUAUGGCAGACGCCCACAUGGCCAGCGAGUUUGAGGGGGCCACCAGCCACCUGGCAGGGGACUUAGACAGCAACCUUGAAGAGGACUCGGCAGAGACUGCCACCAUGUCCGAGGACGAAGCCACUGGUCCAGACGGCCGUAGUGAUAGCUCCGAGGGCUGGAGCGAUGCCAACCUGGACGCUGACGGAUUUCCCCGUGCCUCCCCUGGGGCCUCUGAGGAGCGGAUGCCACCGACGCCCAUGGCCCUGCGGACGCCUCUGAUGCCACCGCCCUCGGAGCUGGGCCACGCGCAGGCCCAGCCCCAGGCCCACGGUGCCAACCUGCCCUGGACGGGGCUCCACAAGAGGAAGGGCUUGAAGGUAAAGAAGAGCGUGUCGACCCAGGCUCCCUUGUGAACCGGAACCCUGAGACACUUGCCUCUAGACGGUCCCACAGAAUAUCUCAGAGCAAAGCCACACGUGGUCAGAAGGAAACCAGGGCAUUAAAGAUAUUCCGUAUCUAUCCGCA